UCCGUUUGAGUCAUAGAGCAUAUCUUGUGAAUGUGACUGGAUAUUGUUGCCGUUAGCAGAAGUCGUCGCAUCCUCUCCACCUCCCGCUCUCGUACUCCCUCCUUCAUAUUUCGAGUUGCCCAUAAAAAUCACCAUCUCUUCACCAUGGCCGAGCCUGAGAAUCCUAUAGCUCCUCAGCAGCCGCUAUUCAGAGCAGUGGCGAGCUCCACGAAGCAGAUAUACCAUCUGUUGAAAUGCAUCAGCUUUACUCCGAAGGUGCAAGUCCAGAUAACUCAGGAUGGCAUUCGAUUUGCCGCCGACCACUCCCGUGUGAUGCAAGGCGUGGUCUUCCUAGAUAAAGCUCUCUUCACGACGUACACGCUGAACGUGCCAGAUGAAGGAAGUACUCUGCCGCAAUUUCAGAUGAACCUAGCAGCCUUGUUAGAAGCUCUGCAGAUCUUCGGGGCUGUGGACGUGGCUGCUCGCGCUGCCAGAGCCGAAGCAGAGACGUAUCGCAGCAAUCUUCGCAACUACCGUCAGGAUGUUUUUAGCCAUCAGGCCUUGGGCAUCCCCGGGACCUGCUGCUUCGUGUACGAGGAAGAUGGGUCGCCGCUGAGCAUCAUCCUCGAGGAGACGGGAGUUAAGACUCGGUGUAAUAUGGUCACCUACACCCCUGAAUCCCCCGACGAUAUACCUUUCGAUCGUAGAGACCUGUGCUUCAAGAUCAUAAUGCAAGCUCGCUGGCUCCUCGACGGUCUUUCCGAGCUAGCGCCCAUAGCUCCGGCCCGCAUUACCAUCGCUGCCUCGCCUGACGCACCGUAUCUGAGCUUCACGAGCAGCGGAUCUCUCGGCAGCGCCAGUGUAGACUUUUCAAGCGGUCGUGACCUUCUCGAGACCUUCUCCGUGCGUGAUCGCUGGGUUCAGAGCUUCAAAUUCGACUUUAUCAAAUCUGCGAGCGAAGCCAUGCGCAUAGCGAACAAGGUCAGCUUCCGCGGGGACGGCCAAGGCGUCCUCAGUCUGCAAUUCAUGGUAGAGGUCGACGGCGGCGCCGUAAGCUUUCUGGACUUCCGAUCUAAAGCUUAAUGUACUGGGCCACGCGAGUUUAGGUACCGAUGUGUGUUUAGACGGACCGCUUUAGAUCUUUCCGGGUAUCUAGGGGAUCCUCUGUUGGUGCGGUACUCCGAAAGGUCUCUAGAAAGGUACCUAUGCCCUCCUGCUCUCGAGGGGAGUUGGGCGUUUCUCCAUCCAGCGUCACGCA